AUAGAAAAUUUCAUUCCGUUCGGAAAUCAAGAUAUUGACAAUUUAAUUAAGGCAACGCAUAGCAAAAACUUUAAACUUAAAUAUAGAUUAGAGUGGAUCCAAUUCAGUGACUUUGUAAACAUAAAGCGAAUCGGAACAGGUGGUUUUAUUGUGUUAAAAGUUCUUAAAGAUUCCUCUAAUAUUGAUUCUGCAUUCUUAAAAGAGUUACAAAAUAUUGCCGAAAGUCAGCCUAAUUCCACGGAUGUCAAAUUGUUCAAUGUUAUGGAGUGUCACAAUAUCCAGAUACGAAUAAUUAUAUAUUUGUUAUGUCCUAUAUGUCUCAUGGAAGCAUUUAAAUGGGUUCAUGAAAAUAAAAUCAUACACCGCGAUAUACACGGCGGAAAUAUAUUAAUAG